ACCCCGACCCCCGCGAAAUGAGUUGCGAAUGUUUAUUUUUGUAGAUAUAUUAUGCAAGGAAUAUACUACUAUGACUUCACUAAUCAAAAGUUAGUCGUGAGAUAAUAAGGUGUGGUUGUGAGCCUUAAGUAAAUAAAAAGAGACGAAGUUGGGACUCACGUAUUAAUUAAUGUUGUGAUAAAAUUCAAAUUUGUAAAGGGUAUCAAAAUACUUAUUACUUUGUUUUUAAAAAAUUAUCAAGGAACAAUUAGCAUAAUGGCUCAAGAGGAGGAACAGUUAACUGAACGUGAUCCUAAUAUCAAUACAAUUAGUGAAAUACCAGCAAAAAAGUUUGCUAUUACUAUGGAAUUUCCUUUGUUUCUUGUGAUGAUGGGGAUGUCUUUAUGUGGAGCGGCUAUAAGCAACGUAGUAUUGUACCGAACUUGCGUCCACGCUCUACACUAUUCCGUGGACGAAUGCAAGCCAUUCCUGUCAAUAGACAAGACUAAUGAGACCCAACACUUGGAAGCUGAGGUUCAAAGAUAUGCGACUGUUGUGGGGACAGUCAGGAGUGUCAUGGAAGCAGUGGUACCCGCGAUACUAUGCUUCUUUUUGGGAGUAUGGUCUGAUACCCAUGGUCGAAAACCACUGGUGGUGUGGCCGCUUUUCGGUUUCUCGAUGUCUGCUGGAUUGACGGUCAUCUACUGUAUGUUGGACAGUUUGGGUCCCUGGUGGUUCGUAUUGACUGCCAUCCCCCAAUCCCUCUGUGGAGGUUUUACCAUUUUCUUUACUGGUGCAUUUUGUUAUUUGAAUGACAUCACGUCGACUGAGAAUAGAUCUAUUAGGAUGAUGUUAUUGGAAGCGGCUGUGGGUUUGGGAAGUGUAGCAGGAGCGCUACUGAGCCCUCACGUGUUAAGAAUGGUGGGCAAUGUAUAUCUGGUGUUAAUAGCUACAUCGCUAAACGUUUUAGCAUACGCAUUUACAAACGUAUACAUUAGAGAAUCCUUGGUUGGAGCUAUAGAGGGUGGUCUUUCGACGGUCCUCGACUUCUUAUUAGUCAAAGAGAUGGUACGAGAAUGUUUCAAGAGUCGACCAAACAAUGGCAGAGCACAAUUGCUCCUCUUGACAAUAGCCAACAGCUUAUCAAUAUUUAUUCUAUAUGGAUUGAUUCCCUUAGAAUACAUGUUUACAAGACAAAAGCUUCAUUGGGGCAUAAAGGAUUACACACAAUUUUCAGCUGUAGGCACGGCAAUAUCCUUCUUAGGUUCCGCUAUAGGAAUUAUUGUUCUACAAAAAAUAUUUAAGAGAAGUGAUUUAUUCGUUACUAAUGUAGCGUUUAUAUCUGCAAUCGCAGACUAUCUUAUUAGAACAGUUGCUACCAAGUCUUGGCAUAUGUAUAUGGGUGCAUCCAUAGCGUCAGUAAAGGGUCUCUCGGCUCCAUUAAUCAGGUCCUUUUUGACGAAAAUCCUACCUGUUGUGGAUAUAGCAAAAGUGUUCGCAUUGAUGUCUGCUAUCGAAGGCAUAUGUCCCCUGAUCUCACCAUUUAUGUACAAUUCGCUGUACCAGUUCACCGUGGCCGUGUUCCCGGGAUCGAUCUAUGUGCUCAGCAGUGCUGUUACUUUAGUCUGCGUUAUCUGCAUAUCAACCGUCCAAUAUUUCAGAUGGAAUGUAACCACUCCAUAUCAGACUUUGGUUGCAGCUUAGAAACUAGAUAAUUUACCAGGACAGUACAUGCUUUAUAAUGUAGAAAGUACAUAAUAGUAUACGCGCCUUGAAUGCAGCAGAGAAAAAAAGUAAACAGAUAUCGAGCACCCAAGUUAUUUACGACAUAUUUUAUUUUACUGUAAAAUGGAAUUGAACUAUGUACUGAACUUUGGUGUUCCACAAAGUAUCCCACGAAAGUUAAUUUUAAUGAAAGUAUGUAAUGUGAUAUAUAGUUUAGAUUUUUAUUGUAAGAUUCAGAUGUUUUUAUCUUUGACAUACAAUUGAGAAUUCGGGUAUACCGAAAGGUAUCAGAUUUUUAUAGCAUGUGACUUAUUAGCAGGUAUUUAGUUUAUUAUAGGGUGGUGUUUAGUCAAACUUAUUAUAAGCGUCGUUGUCGAUCAAAAUUGUUAUUUUAUUGCGCUAGCAAUGAACUAGUACUGUAUUGUAAGUACCUCCGGUUUGACUGUAGUAGAAUGAAAUGCCUUAUUUACGAAGUAUUGAAUUAUAUACACUUUAUUAUGUACUAAAAUGUAUGAAUAAAAGGUAUUAUAAAAGAUUAAAACCA